CCUCACCGUAUCACAUGAAAUCAAACCCCCACCAUUCAAAGCUAGAUACAGUGCCCCAAGUUCCUAAUGAUCAAAGAUUCGAUAAUAGAAAAUUCCUGAAAAUCCACCAGCAAUUGUUCAUAUGCUCUAAUGUAUAUCAAACAAUCAUAGAAACCGUAAUCAUUUGUCGCCCCAUCUUUGAAGAAGAACAUGGUUUGUGAAGCUCUGUCCUUAACCAUCCCUUUCUUUACAAAUUUAGCCUCCAAAGAUGCUAAACUAGCUACUAACCGCUAUAAUCUAUGUCGUUCAACUCCAAGAAUUCGAUGCUCAAGUUCCAGUGCAGAAGGGCCUGUAACUGCUGAUAUACUUGAAAAUGAUUAUGCCUUGACUGGUACUGCUUAUGAUUUUGAAAGAGGUACCAUAUCGAUUACUCGUGAGUCCUUAUCUUCUCCAAAGAAGGUAAUUCUUGUAAGGCAUGGCCUUAGCACUUGGAAUGAAGAGGGUAGAGUUCAGGGCAGCUCAAACUUAUCUGUGCUAACAGAAGCCGGAGUGAAACAAGCUGAAAGGUGUAGGCAUGCCCUUGCAAAAAUGCACUUUGAUAAGUGUUUUUCGAGUCCGAUAUCCCGUGCUAAGACCACUGCUGAAGUGUUAUGGCAAGGGAGGGAAGAGCCAUUGGUUUUCCUCGAUUCACUGAAGGAAGCCCAUCUCUUUUUCCUUGAAGGCAUGAAAAAUGUGGAUGCUAAGGUGAUAUAUCCAAAGGAGUACAUAACAUGGAGAGAGGAUCCGGCGAAUUUCUACGUCAACGGUGUUUACCCUCUUCGGAGACUAUGGGCAACAGCUAGAGAUGCUUGGAGGGAAAUCUUGUUCACGCCGGGUGAAAGUUUUUUAGUUGUCACUCACAAAUCAAUUGUAAGGGCACUUAUCUGCACAGCUUUAGGGCUACCCCCUGAGAGGUUUCGGUCAAUCGAUGUGAACAAUGGUGGUAUGUCCACAUUUGUGUUCAACAAAAGAGGGGAAGCAAUGCUUAAGUCAUUGAAUAUGACUGCUCAUAUGUAUAGCGAUCAUGUGUAUCUUUCUUGAAUCUGUUUUUGAAGCCAUAGCUGUUAAUAAUGUGAGAAACCAGACAUAAUCAAUAUGUUUGUUUUUGUGUAGUUCAUAUGAACAUAGGAUUCUUUACCUUGCAUAAAAACAUUACACAGAUUCCUGAAUCCUGACCAUUGAUUUGAGAUUACUUAUUUUACUAAAUCAACGUCUUCUUUAACUUUUAA